AUGCGUGCACCACCUCCAGGAAUUACGCUUGCCGCCACAGUCACCUCGCCAGCAGCCCUGGGCUUCGUGCCCGUGGCCAUUUAUUUUGAUCUCUUAGCGACUCUCGUGCGGAUUGGCAAGCCGGCGACGUCGGAGCAGAUCACGAACGCGUGCAACGAGAGGCGCAGUGAGGAGGAGAAGCAAAAGGCACCGCUAUGUCCUCAAUUAACCCGUAUGAUGUACCACGACACGCUCUACGCCAUGGCCGGCUUGGGCUUCGUCGAGCUCGUGGAAGACGACGUGUACGAGGCCAACAACAUCACACGCCACAUGGUCAAUAUGCCAUCUGCGCAACACGGAGCGCUUCACUUUACCACGGAGCCUCUGCUGGCAGGGGCGUUUCUGAUGCGCAAGCUGGUGGCGACCAACUUUGAGUACCCCUUCCGAGAUGUAGACACCCCCACGCAGUACGCCUACAAACUCAUGGGCGAGCAGGAGCUCGCCAAGGAGCACACCUACUCGAUCAUGGCCCGGCAGGGCCGCAUGGACAGCUUCAACCGGUUCAUGGAAGGCAAGUUUGGCAAAUUCGGCCGCAUGCCGGAGCGCGUCAAAUCCUUUGGCUACGACCUGGACGCCGCCAUCUCGGGGACGGAGAGCCCGGUCGUCAUGGUCGACAUCGGCGGCGGUCGCGGCGAGAUGCUCCUGGAGCUCAAGGAAGCCUACCCGCACCUGCAGCCGGCGAAUCUGGUGCUGCAGGAGUUCAACCCGGACAUCGGCAGCGUGCCGCAGGUCACCCAGAUGGAGUGGAACUUCAAGGACGGCAGCCCGCAGCCGGUGCAGGGGGCGCUGAACUACUCGCUCACGCACAUCUUUCACAACCUGCCCGACCUGGACGCGCUGGAGCUGAUGCAGAAGAUCUCGCGGGCCAUGGCGCCGUAUUCGCGGUUACUGAUUCAGGAAUUCACCAAGAACAAGAACUACGGCAAGAUGCAUGCGACCAUGAUCACGCUGUACGGGGGGAGACUGCGCAGCAGCGCCGAAUGGAAGCGUCUGGCGGCGCUGUGCGGGUUGAAGGUCACUUUUGAGGCCUAUCCUGAGGCGGGCGAGGGGUUGAUCGAGAUGAGGAAGCUGUAG